CUGCUUCUGUCAGGGAGCAAAGAACGGCUUGUGGGAUAAGCAGAAAGCUGUUCCUCCCUCAGAGUGGAGCUGCCACUCUGCCUUGGCGUCUCAAGCGGAUGGUUUGGGUCGGGUACCACCAGAAACUUCCACCACCCACAUGGACUUCUACAGAGAGCUGGUGGUAGCCUGGGCUAUCGGCCUCCUAUCAGGAUUCUGCGAUGCCUUCAACAUUGACACGAAGAGGCCACGAAUUAUUCCGGGCUCUAAAGAAGCAUAUUUUGGCUAUACGGUUCAACAGCAUGAAAUCAAUGGGAAGAAAUGGCUGGUGGUCGGAGCCCCUUAUGAGACCAGUGGGCAACAGAAGACUGGAGAUGUCUACAAGUGUUCGGUGAAUGGUGAAACCAACAGCACCUGUUCCAAGCUCAAUCUAGGAAGAGUAACUCUUUCCAAUGUGUCGGAGCGCAAGGAUAAUAUGCGUCUGGGUCUCAGCUUGACCACAAACCCCAAAGACAACAGCUUUCUGGCUUGCAGCCCUCUCUGGUCUCAUGAGUGCGGAAGUUCUUACUACACCACAGGAAUGUGCUCCAGGGUGAACUCCAACUUCAGAUUCUCCAAGACUGUGGCUCCAGCGCUCCAGAGAUGCCAGACAUACAUGGAUAUAAUUAUCGUGCUGGACGGUUCCAACAGCAUCUACCCCUGGGUGGAAGUACAGAAUUUCCUGAUCAGCAUCUUGGAGAAAUUUUACAUUGGACCAGGCCAAAUACAGGUUGGAGUUGUCCAGUAUGGAGAAGAUGCCGUGCACGAGUUUCAUCUGAAUGACUACAGGUCUGUGAAGGAUGUGGUGGAAGCCGCCAGGCACAUUGAGCAGAGAGGGGGCACAGAGACCCGGACGGCCUUCGGGAUAGAAUUCGCUCGCACAGAGGCGUUUCAGAAAGGCGGGCGCAAGGGUGCCAAGAAAGUGAUGAUUGUCAUCACAGACGGAGAAUCCCAUGACAGCCCCGACCUCGAGAAGGUGAUUGAAGGCAGCGAGAAAGAUAAUGUCACCAGAUACGCUGUUGCGGUUCUUGGCUAUUAUAACAGAAGAGGGAUCAAUCCUGAAGCCUUCUUGAAAGAAAUCAAAUAUAUAGCGAGUGACCCAGAUGAAAAACAUUUUUUUAAUGUCACUGAUGAAGCUGCUCUCAAAGAUAUCGUGGAUGCUCUGGGGGAAAGGAUUUUCAGCUUGGAAGGCACCAACAAGCAUGAGAUAUCCUUUGGCCUCGAAAUGUCCCAGACGGGAUUUUCAUCCCAUAUUGUGGAAGAUGGGAUUUUGCUUGGAGCUGUGGGUGCCUAUGACUGGAACGGAGCAGUCCUCAAGGAGACCAGUAGUGGCAAAGUCGUUCCCCACCGAGAAUCCUACCUCCAAGAGUUCCCAGAGGAGCUGAAAAACCACGGAGCUUAUCUGGGUUACACCGUCACCUCAGUGGUGCUGACAAGACUUGACAGGAUUUACGUCGCUGGAGCACCCCGCUUCAACCACACGGGGAAGGUUAUCAUUUUCACGAUGCACACCAACCGGAAUCUGACCAUUCACCAGUCUCUAAAAGGAGAGCAGAUCGGUGCCUACUAUGGAAGUGAAAUCAAUUCUGUAGAUAUUGAUGGUGAUGGCGUCACAGAUGUUUUGUUGGUUGGAGCCCCAAUGUAUUUCAGCGAAGGAAGAGAGAGGGGAAAGGUGUAUGUCUACACCCUAAAAGAGGAUCGGUUUGUUUCCAAUGGGACUCUGGAAGAUUUGCCAGGCUACCAGAACUCCAGGUUUGGCUCCUGCAUAGCUGCCGUCUCCGAUUUGAAUCAGGACUCGUACAAUGAUGUCGUUGUGGGAGCCCCGCUUGAAGAUGAGCACCAGGGAGCAAUAUAUAUCUUCCAUGGCUACAAGGAAAACCUCGUACGGAAAUAUAAGCAGAGAAUUACGGCAGCUGAAAUUUCUCCAGGCUUAAUGUAUUUUGGAUGCAGCAUCCAUGGCAACUUGGACCUGAAUGAAGACAGGCUUGUUGACCUCGCCGUUGGCUCGCUGGGAAAUGCUGUAUUAUUAUGGUCCCGCAGUGUGGUGCGGAUCAAUGCCAGCCUCAGGUUUGAGCCAUUCAAGAUCAACAUCUUCAACAAGGACUGCACUCGGAAUGGGAAGGACGCCACUUGCCUGUCUGCAUUUCUUUGCUUCACUGCCAUUUUCCUCUCAGCUCAUUUUCAGACGGCAAGCGUGACACUGAAUUACAACAUCACCAUUGAUGAGAGACGGUACAUCCCACGAGCCCAUCUGGAUGAGAAUGGAGACAGGCUCACCCACAAGACGGUUACAUUGUUUGCAGGGCAAGAAUGGUGCGAUAAGCUGAAUUUUCAUGUCUUGGACACAGCCGAUUAUGUGAAGCCAGUGACUUUCUCUGUCGAUUAUGCCCUGGGUAGCCCUGACAAUGGACCGGUGAUGGAUGGCGGCUGGCCUACCUCGCUGAAAGUUGCUGUACCUUUCUGGAACGGAUGCAACGAGGAUGAGCAUUGCAUCCCUAAUUUGGUCCUUGAUGCUAAAACUGAUAUCCCAACUGCCAUGGAGUAUUGCAGACGCGUCCUGAGAAAGUCGCAUUCGGAUUGCUCCGCCUACACGCUGUCUUUUGACACCUCCAUUUUUGUCAUAGAAAGUGCCAGGAGGAGGGUGGCGGUGGAAGCUACGCUGGAGAACAGAGGAGAAAAUGCAUAUAACACCGUUCUAAACAUUUCGUUCUCGAGGAACCUGAAGUUUGCCAGCUUGAUCCAGAAGGAUGACCUGGACAUUAAUAUUGAGUGCGUGUCUGAAGAGAAGCAUCCGAACCGGAGGGUUUGCAAUGUCAGCUAUCCAUUCUUCCGAGCCAAAGCAAAGGUGGCUUUUCGCCUGGAUUUCGAGUUCAGCAAAUCUAUUUUCCUCCAAAAUCUGGAGAUCUCUUUGACUGCCAACAGUGACAGCGAGGAACAGGAAAACACCAAAGAGGACAAUUCUGCCCUCCUAAAGUUUCCGCUGAAGUAUGAAACAGACCUGCUUUUCACCAGGAGUCCCAGCCAGAAUUACUACGAGGUCAAGUCAAACAAUUCUCUGGAGAGAUAUGACAGCAUCGGUCCGCCUUUUAACUGUACCUUUAAGCUGCAGAAUCUGGGCCUCUUUCCUGUUGAUGGGAUGGCUAUCAAAAUCACAGUCCCCGUGGCCACACGGGGAGGCAAUCGCCUUCUGCAGCUAGCAGGCUUCCACGUGGAUGAGGAACACAUAACGUGCCACAUUGGGGGGAACAACACAGACUACCGAAGGACACCCUCUGACGAGGACUUGGGGCGCCACCCCCAGCUGAACUACAGUAAUUCUGAUGUGAUAUCCAUAGACUGCAGUGUAAAUCUGGCUGCCAAUGGAGAAGUCAGCUUCCUCUUGCAUGGAAAUCUGUGGAUGAAGUCACUGAGAACUAUGAAAUUCAAGUCGCUGAGAUUUGUGAUUAACGCCGUCCUGCAGAGAGGGUUCCGCAGUGCCUUCGUCUUCAGAGAGGACGAUCCCAGUCGGCAGGUCACGUUUGAAAUCUCCAAGAUAGAGGAGUCCCAAAUCCCCAUCUGGAUCAUCAUUGGGAGCACCUUAGGUGGUCUCCUCCUGCUGGCCCUCCUUGUGCUGGCGCUGUGGAAGCUUGGCUUUUUUAAAAGUGCUAACCGCAAGAGAGACGCAGCCGAGAACCAGAACACCAAGGACUUGGACUGAGGCUUCCAUCUCCCCAAGUGACUCCCUUGGCUCCUCAGAGCCAAAUUUCCUUUGCAAUGAUGAGAUCCCUCACCACCCCUUCCAUGUCUUCUCAUGAAAGCAACCCCAACUGCUCAGUGUUACCUGCAAGGGGCAAGAUGCAGCUGGCUAAAAAGGGACUUCAAACUGGGUUUAAUUGCUUCCUUCAGCCUAAGACACUGGAAGCUCUGCAGCAAUGGCCUGGAGAGUAAAUUUCCAGGGACAAGGGACCCUUUAGUGGCCAUCGCUUUCUUGAAAAUGACAAAUCUUGGCUCCACGAGGCAGACAACUACCAUGCCAGAAUAGCUCUGCAGUAAUUCAUAAAAGUCUCCGAGCUCCAGUCCUUUUUAUCCGUUCAUGGCACAAGCAUAUCUCACUGGGGAAAGCUUUUCACCCCACCAAAAAAAGGGAAAAACCUGGAUCUGCAUGGAUACCAGCAGCAGCAAACUUGUAAUGGGUCUUCACAUAUUCUUUUUACAGCAACUGCUUAUUCAAGAUGCCAUGGGAGAAUGAACCAGACCAAUAUAUUCUGCAAAAGCGGUCUUCAAGAAAUUGAGAUAACGCAGCAUGCCUUCGAAACAAAUGAAGUUGCCUUUACAAAAUAGUGCAGCAUUUGAAAUCAUUAGCGGACGGGAGGUUCUUUCUGGAACAGAGGACCCUGUGGAGAGUUAAUGCUUUAAAAAGCAAGAUCCAUUCAUGUUAUCCACAAAACAUGUAAGAGGCUGGGUGACUAGAAUGAAACAGAGGUUAACUUGCAGGUGGGGACACGUGUUCUCCAGCUAUUCUCUAACGCAAGUAAGGGGCACUGUGUGUUUAUCUAUGAAUCAAAAAAGUUACUAGAUUCUUAUCUGAUGCUCCACACCAAAUGCUUAUGAAGAGCCCAAGUAGGAUAUAACGCACUGGGCACUUACUCUGUAUGUGAAACUCCCAUUCAUUCCAAAGGGGUGGGUGCAGGAUACAUGCUCAGAACCAGACCGUCCACCACUCUGCAGUGCCUCUCCCACUCUCUAAAUGGAGCAGUUGAAGAGAGAAAUCUUUAUUGCCUUCUUAAUGCACUGAACACAGAUACCGACAAUUGUAAGCACCUUAAUGCAAGCCUUCAAUCCUCAGCUGUAUAUACUUUUUCUGAAAAUGUUUACCUUUCUUGUUUUUAAAGUCGACUAAAACAAACCAGUUUGAAGUGUUUCCCCUCAAGUUGUGCAAUUUCCAAAAGCAACACAUGGAAAAUAUGUACUAUAUGUGUAUAUACUUUUGUACGAUGGAAAUGUUUUAAUUUGACCCUUUUUGUUUCUUUUGCAUAAUAAAAUUAUUUAUGCUAUUGUGAAUAUUAAUGACUGAAAAUGAGAAAUCAGUUCCACUGAAUGCAGUAACCUAUGUAAAAUGCUGCAGCAGUAGAUUGUGGUUUGUGGGAUUUUGUAAAAAGAAAAUUAAAACUUUUUAAAGUGAAA